UCUAGUUUUUCUUAUUUCUCUUUCCCAUUCUAAUUUCACAUUAAUCUGAUAUUUCCCUCUUUCAAAGAAAACUGAAAAUCAGUCGGAAAUCUAUGGCAGAUCGACAAGGGAUCGACAAUCCAAUUUCUCAGACUCACAAUGGCGCAAAAGCAUCAAAUGUGGCCGGGGAGACUAAGAGUGAGAGUGGGCCGAGGGUCCAUGAAGAAGAGACACACGGAAAGAGCGAUGACAUCGAUGAGAACACUCAAGUUGAUGAAGUCAAAGGUCCAAGUGUUGUUCAACGCGUGAAGGAAGAGGUUGAAGCUGUGGUCGGAGCAGUAGUUCACCCCAAGAAAUAGGAGUAUCUUUUAUUUUCUGGUUGGUCCGAUGCUUCUUGAUUUUAGGAAUGGUGAUAGUUAUUUCAUCUCCUUGAUGAGUAACAUCCUUUGUAUCCUUGAUGCUUUCUGAAUGUCUUGGAUUUUGUUGACUAAUCUGCAUUUGGAGUUUUGGCUUUGUUGAUGAAUUGUAGUAUGAGUUAUUUAGAUGGAUA